UCCUAGUUUGCAAAUAUGAACAACUUCUAUAUCGAGCUUAAAAAGUGGUAUCGUUCUUUGUGGUGGCGUAUUAAAUAGUAUGUGUGUUAAUUGAAAUAGCACAAAAAAACGGAAUUAAAAGAUCGUGAUUUACAGUUUUUACUUGUUAGUGAAUAAUGCGAGAAUGAAUGUCAAAAUGAAAGUGCCAUGCGUAAUAGCCUUUGUAUUCAUUUGCUUCAAAGGAGUUGUUGGCAAAAAUUGUGGCAAUCUCAGUUAUUCACAGCCAGCUUUCAAUGGGGGAAAUGUUACAAUAACCUACAAACCAAUCAAAUUCUCGGCUACUGAAAAGCCUAUCAUUUUCAACAGUGAUGGCAAUACUUGGAUACCUGUUCCGUCAACUAUUAUGUCUAAUCCAGUGUUGGGCGUCUUUACCACGGUGUUUAAAACAAAUAUACUGAUUACUGUAUACCUUCAUGCAAAAUACGGGCCAUGCUAUAGUGAAGAAAUCCGCCUCCACUUACAAGAUCCACCAUCGACGCUGACAAUGAACGUACCAAAUAUAACAAGCUAUUCGCAGGACAUCUAUACUCUCAAGUUCAGUUGCUUCACGGACAAAAACAAUGACUUUUGCUUGAUAUCCUGGACAACAGAUGGGCAACUACUUCGUGUAAACGGAUACGGGACAGACAAAAUACAUAAUUCGUCUUUAAUGCUGUUUGUGAAUGUCAGUAAAGAAAACAAUGGUCAAACUAUAACCUGCAGUGUCAAUUGCUCCAACUUUGAUGUUCAACUAUCGAAGUCGCAUAUAGUACAAGUACCAUAUAAACCGAGUGUAAUCUUGUCGGUUAAAGACGAAGUAUGGCUAAAUGCUCAUGACACUACAAGCGUAACUUGCACGGCAAAGAGCCAACCACUUUCGGAUAUUGUUUGGUCGGUUAACGGAAACACACAACUCCUCGUUUGCAAUAAGUCCAUAGAAUGUGAGAUUCAUACACUGCCAAUAGAAACAGAUGAACACAGAAACCAUACAUGCACAGCUUUUUUCGAAUUUGGAGACUAUGACACAAGUGCGACCAUUUCAUUUCUUGCAAUUGGAAGAGCUUCGACACAAAAAACAUAUGAAACUCCAAAUAAAAGUAAAGAUGCGUCAUUGACCAACAGUAACGAUAUACCAAUGGUGUGGAUAGUCAUUGGUUUGAGCGUUAUUAUUGCGGUUGUCAUUAUAUCACCGGUCAUCGUAUUGGCCAGAAAACGGUUUUUAAAGAAGAAUCAACACACCAAUUCAAGCGAACCUCAGCCUGUCCAACAUGGGUUCAGAUACCAACCUAAUUUAUGCAGAUAUAGACAUCAAACAUUUGGAGACAGCCAGCAAACCACCUUCAAGAAAGAGGCCGCCAAGUCCGACAGAAUAUGCUGACGUUCAUACAAUCAGAACAGAACGUGGAUCAAACAGUGACAAUAUUAUUACCUAAAGUCAGGGAAGAUAACUUUACAUACGUGCCCAUAAGCUAAUGUACUCAAAUGUAAAACAUUUUCUGAAAAUUAUAAUUCUUAAUUGAUUUAAGUCAAAACUCAAUCUGGCAUUUACCAUAUGACUUACAUUCAAUGAAAAAUGUCCGGGGACUUCCAGCGACAUCAGUGCCACUACUUUCAGUCUAAGGGAGACAACCUGUAUUCAGUGAGUGUAGUUUUUUCACUCCCUUGUCUUUGUUAAAGAGGUGAAAAUUACAGUUUAAGAAAAACAACCUGUACUGAAGACAGUGCAGUGGGUUUUCUCUCUUACCUUUGUUAAAGAGUAUUGAAUGAUUAUAGCUCUACUGGCCAAAUGCCAGAAUAGCUUAUGCUAUGGCGUGGUGUCCAUACGUGUGUCCGUAAACAAUUGCUUGCGAAUGCGAUACAGUGUAAAGUUUUGAUUGUAUCUCAAUCAAACUCAUACAGUUGAUAUCCAUGAGAGUUAGAUUCUUCUCUUAAACCAGUCAGAUCCGCCUAUGUAUGAGUAAAUUAUGGCCCUUGAAAUGCUAUAGCUCUAGCAGAAGUAUUCUCUAAGGGAGAUAACUGUACAGAGAGCUGUGUAGUAUUGUAGUGAUUGUCUCCCUUUGUCGACUGUGAACCAUGAGGAUCAUUGAUUGCUUCCCUUUGAAUUUGGGUUCAGUAUAGUGCCUGUUAUUAGUAUGCACAUUUUUGGGGUAAAAAACACACCAGAAAAGUCAAGGCGGUGGAGCAUAGGACAUCAUGGGCAUCUUGUUAUUCUAUUACUUCAAAUAUAUGGGCGCCUUUUAAGAUGUUUUGUCUUUACCAUCUGUGAAAUGAUGUAUUUGUACAGUCAUGUAUUUGUACAUUCUUUUAUUUGUAUUUUCUGUGUUCUUUUCUCAAUCUUUUCACUGUUGUAACUAUAAAAUAUUCAUUAUAGUUUCUUUU